ACAUUACUGUCAGUAUCGGUUCUGUCAUCAGUUGGUCAUCGGCUCAAAUUACGCUAUAAAAGUGAAAAUAAAAUAUACACAUGCAAAUAAACUAGGAUUGUUGUGAAAAAGUACCAUAUGAAAUAAAAAAAAAUAACGUUUCCAUUUGAUUUGCCGCAAUUAUUGUUUCCAGUGUUCAGUAUAAGAAAUCGUUAGUAUGAGAUGGACGGUGAAUAUCGAAGGAGGCCCACGGAGGGUCAAUCACGCAGCUGUGUGCAUUGACGACAAAAUAUUUUCAUUCGGUGGUUAUUGUUCAACAGAAGAAUACAAGGAUUGGGAACCAAUUCCCAUCCAUGUUUUGGACACAAGCACACUAAGAUGGUCCCCGGUAUAUUACAAAAAGACUCAUGUAAUGCCGUUUCAGAGAUAUGGACACACAACGGUCGCUUAUGGUGACAAGGUAUAUAUGUGGGGAGGAAGAAAUAAUGCUGUUGCCUGUGACACAUUAUUUUGUUUUGAUACAAAAAAACUAGAAUGGAGCAUGCCACCUGUUACUGGCAUUGUGCCCUACGCCAAAGAUGGUCAUUCUGCAUGUGUUAUAAGAAACAAAAUGUAUAUAUUUGGAGGUUUUGAAUACUUAACCGACCAGUAUUCACAGGAGGUGCAUUGUUUAGACUUGGACAGUUUACAAUGGACUUUUGUUGAUGUACAUGGAGCUCCACCUUCUCAGAGAGACUUCCACACGGCUGUGCCAAUUGGAGAUAGAAUGUAUAUAUUUGGUGGCAGAGGAGAUUUGAAUAGCCCAUAUAAUUCUCAGGAAGAAGUAUAUUGCCCACAAGUAUUUUAUUUGGAUACAGUGAAGGAUGAGUGGGUUGUUGCCAACCCACAAGGGACUUGGCCAGAGGGCAGACGCAGCCAUUCAGCAUGGUAUCAUGGUGGCUAUAUGUACAUCUUUGGUGGGUUUAAUGGAAAUACAAAAACCCACUUUAAUGAUUUAUACAGAUACUCAUUAAAUGGAAAUUACUGGCAAUAUAUAAAUGUUUGUGGAACAAAGCCUUGCCAGAGAAGGCGCCAAGCUUGCUUGCUGUAUAAUAAUAAACUUUACCUUUUCGGGGGAACAAGUCCAUGUCCCCAUGUAAGCAGCCGUUCCCUGGACAAUGCUGAAGCAGUAGAGGAUCCGGAGAGGCUGAUAGACAACAGUGACUUGCACAUCUUGGACUAUUCACCUACGCUCAAAACACUGUGCAUACUCAAAGUUCUUGAGCACAAUCUAGACCAAACAUAUUUACCACGUGAUAUAAUGAUAGAUAUCUGGACGAUGACCGUUCCGAACCGCAUCAGCAGGCCUGUCAAUCAAGCUGGUUGAAACUUCCGCUUUAUAUACUUCUUUUUAUGUAAUACCAAUGAAAUUUAAAUGCAAUUAUCUGCUGUUUAGCGAUUACGGUUAAAAUUGCGUAUUCAGUUUUUUUUUUAAACAUUUUAAUCUCUUCAUGUGCCUCCUUACCUCGUUUUUGAAUUGAAGAGUAAUGAAAAUGUUUUGUUCAGUGAGAAUGGUCCCGUUGUAUGAAUAAGAAAGUAUUUAAUAUCUCGUAGUGCAAUACAGUAUACUCUAACAUGUAACAAACUUUUACUCUAAUAAAAGAAUUUGUGUCGUGA